CUUUUGGUGCCACUUGUAACCUCAUACCGCUAUGAGGGAAUAGAGGUGAACAGAAAUUUGGCAAAAUCUGAGGCCAAGAUGCUGCAUGAAAAGAUCACUGACAAGGCUUACAGCCAUGAAGAACUCAUUUGGAUUAUCACUGCAAGGAGCAAAGCUCAGUUGAUUGCAACAAUAAGUCAUUACAAAAAUGAGUAUGGUAAAUCCAUUAUUAAGGAUUUAAAGUCUGAUCGCAAAAACGAGUUCCUCGUUGCAUUAAGAGCGAUCAUACGUUGUACAUGUUACCCAGAGAAAUACUUGGAGAAAGUAAUCCGAUUGGCUAUAAAAGGUCUACGAAUCGAUGUAAAUUCUCUUACUCGAAUAGUUACUACUCGUGCAGAGGUUGAUCUGAAGACGAUAGAGGCGGUCUACUACAAGAGAAAUAGUAUGUCACUCAAACAAGUAGUCAAGGAUCACACUUCGGGAGAUUACAAGACAAUGCUCAUUGCAUUGCUAGGAAAUAAUGCUUGAGUUUUUCCAUUGUUUAUUCUUG